AUGGAGGGGCGGCCGCACAAGAGGUUGAAGACGGAAGAUGGCAUUCAAAGCCCAAGAACGGAGGAGUCCGCGCCUUCGUCCGGAGAUGAGGGCGAUUUCAAGGCCGCGGACGGGCGGCCGGUCCGGUCCAAGAGAAACGACCCGGAAAAGUUUGCGUCCGGAGACGACAGCAUGUUGAGCCUCGGUGGCGACGAUGAACACCAGACGGCCUUUGAGACAUCACUGCCACCGGUGCGCACCGACAAAGAGGCGAUUGAAGAGUACGAGAUGAUGAGGGCUUCGCAGGCGAGUGCCACAGAGGACGACGACGCUUCGCGCCUCGAUUCGAGGAAGUGGGUGCGGGGCAAGAGCUCGAUCUACGUCGAUGCCUUCAACCUUGCGCUCGACACUGUCCUCGAGGAUGAGGCGCACUUGUUUGACGAAAAGGAAAAGCGCGUAUUCGAAGAGUGGAGAGCGUUGGAUUAUGAGGCCCAGUAUCUUUAUGUCCGAUUGUUCCUGCGGAAGACGUCUGCAUGGCAUCGGUCCGAGAAGUUGGGGUACUAUUCUGACAUAUCUAGUCCUGAAGAGGCUAUAUUCUCCCUCCAGAAACGGCGGGAGCUGCCAGACACCGUGUCAGAUGUCGAGUCGAGCGAGGAUACCCUUGCCGGUGUGUCUCUGCAAGACUGGCACUUGGGCGACUCUUUUACCUUUGCGGACUCAUCUGAAGAUCAUAUCACUACGGUAGAGGAGGCCGUCAGUCUUCUAAGUCUAGACGAGCUUAAAGUGGUGGCAAAGGAUGCCAGGGUGCAGGGAAAGAACAAGGCCGAGCUGCAGCGGGCUCUCGUCAAGAUGAGCUCGCAACAAGCAGGUCUCCUAUCUCUGGGCCUGCGUCGAUCAAGCACGGUCGACUCGACAAAUUCGAGAGGAACCCGCGACGAAGGCGACACGCCGGAACCAACUACCGGGCAGGACUCGAACCGCAGGUUUCAUUUUCUGCAGAAGAUCAUAGCUAUCACAGGACCCUGCAUCCGCAUCUCGCCCUCCGUCUUCAAGCUCUUUGAGCGCGUGCACCUAGUCUUUUACCGGUCGACCGAAUGGACCGAAAAGUCCCUGACGACCAUCAUCCUGGCCAAGAUCUCGCGCCGGAACUUCCCCGAGUACAUUGUGUGCCGCUCCUCGAACAUCUUCCUGUCGCGGAAGCACCUGCUGGACUUUGAGCAGGCAAUGAGGAUGGAGUUCGAGGUCGACCAGAUCCUAGAGUUCAACGGGCCGCCGGGCGAGGCUGGCUUCCGACGCAUCCUCGAGAUCUUCGACAGCCUCGCCUCGCGGUGGCGCGCCCUGCUCAGAGAGGAGGAGCGCAAGGAGCGGCAGGUCUACGAGUUCAACGAGGGCGGCUAUCUACGACGCUUCAACGCCGCGCACUCGUACACGCGGAUCGCGCACAAGGCGGCGUACGUCCUCGGCCGGCUGCACGAGUACCAGCGCGAGCACGCGCUCCUGUCGGAGCUCCUCGACCAGAGGCUCUUCCAGAUGGCCCGCCGGGGCUCGUGGUACCAGCGCAAGGCCCUCCUCGAGGAGCACUACAUGUACGACGCGGACCCGAGCCCCGGGUACGCCGACCCGGAGCAGCAGAAGAAGCACUGGCGGCGCAUCGCCGUGCGGACGUGCGAGCAGGCACUCGAGGACCGCGACUGCCACCUUAUAUAUCAUUACGACCUGCAGCGGCGGCUCGUCAAGCUCGAGCGGCGGCUCAGGAUCCCGCGCCGCCUGCAGCACGACUUUGGGCACGUCACACUGCGCAAGCCCGAGGAGCACACGGUCGAGGGCAUCCAGAUCAAGCGCGAGGACGAGCCCGCCGCCGCCGCCGCCGCUGGCAAGCUCGGCCGCGGGCCCUCGACCAAGACGGUCUGGGUCGACGAGGCCGAAGGCGGCGGCGAGUGCUCGGUCGAGGCCAUGUGCCUCAGCCACUACCGCGGCCGGGGGUGGAAGGGCUACCACGCCGAGGGCGGCAUCAUCCGCACGCUCUUCGCGCUGCUCUUCUACGACGUGCUCUUCGUCUACGUGCCCAACGUCUUCCAGACGGCGUACCAGACGUGCCCGCUCGACCUGCGCACCGACGCCUUCUACCCGACGCGCGCCAGCGAGGCCAACCGCCGCCUCGUCGAGAUCUCCAACGGGGCGGCCCCGGACAUCGUGAGGCGCGUGUACGCCGAGCACUGCGAGCGCAGGACCUGCGUCGCCGGCCUGAGCUGGGACUUUGAGCUCGAGGACCUGGCCGAGCUGGCGGGGGCGUUCAGGGGCGAGGCGCUGGCCGCGGUGUGCAAGGUCAUGGCGCAGGAGUACGGGCAGCGGGGCGGCGGGAUCCCGGACCUCGUGCUGUGGCGGACGACGCUCGAGGACGGGGACGGGGUGGGUGAGGGCGACGAGCAGCACCAGUCGUCGUCGUCGUCGUCGUCGUCGUCGUCGUCACGUGGCCAGUGCAUGUUCGCCGAGGUCAAGAGCGCCAACGACCGGCUGAGCGACACGCAGAGGCUGUGGAUACACGUGCUGACCGGGGCCGGGGUGAGGGUCGCGCUGUGCAAUGCCGUUGCCAAGGAGGUCAGGGUCCUGGACUAG